AAAUUAAUUUCGUGAAGAAAAAAAGAAAAAAAGAUGUAAGCGGUACCACAAAACUACUAACAGAGAAAACUUUCAAUUUCUGGUUUUCUGAAUUUCGGAUGGUUGACUCUAAUUUUAGGAGCUGGAAAAGGUACUAAAUCUAAAGUUGGACGAAAUGUGGAUCCAAGGAUUCAGUUUUUGGAUCAAAGGUUUCUCUUUGCUGGCCUUAAUAUCUGUAAUUUCCGCUCUGGAACCCGAACUGGGAUCGACCCGCGUCGUCUUUCAGACAAAGUAUGGAGAUAUUGAAUUUGGUUUCUAUCCAACUGUUGCACCUAAAACUGUGGACCACAUUUAUAAGCUUGUGCGACUUGGAGGCUAUAACACUAACCAUUUCUUUCGGGUGGAUAAGGGAUUCGUGGCCCAAGUAGCAGAUGUUACAAAUGGAAGAUCAGCUCCAAUGAACGAGGAACAAAGAAGGGAAGCUGUAAAGACUGUUGUUGGUGAAUUUACUGAAGUCAAACAUGUUCGGGGUAUUCUUUCCAUGGGAAGAUAUGAUGAUCCAGACAGUGCUUCAUCUUCAUUUUCAAUACUACUUGGAGAUGCCCCUCAUCUUGAUGGCAAGUAUGCAAUAUUUGGAAAAGUUACUAAAGGUGAUGAAACGUUGACAAAGCUCGAGCAACUACCUACCCGCAAAGAGGGUAUAUUUGUAAUGCCGAUGGAACGCAUCACUAUCCUGUCGUCAUAUUACUAUGAUACAGAGACAGAAAAUUGCGAGGAAGACAGAUCAAUUUUGAAGCGCAGACUAGCCGCCUCAGCUAUUGAAGUUGAAAGACAGAGGAUGAAAUGCUUCCCCUGAUAAAAGCAAAUUUGAUAUUAAUUUGGAAUGAACAUUACACUGUUGCAUUCUCAUUUUAUAUAAUGAACAAGCAGUGUAUACAGAUAUUGCUUUUGUCAUGUAUGAGAAAUUGUUCUAAAUAUGCACAAACAUGAAUUUAAAGAGCUUGUUUGCAAAUUUCCCGAUAUCUGUUUUUGAUUUCUAUGGAUAGAAAAAAAAGGAGCUUAUUUGUAUA